AUGGGUGGAACUGAAAAUGCCAAGGGCCAAGUCCUGCGUAAGAAGAGAGGCUUCGGCUUUGUUACCAACAUCAAGGAUUACUGCACCAAUUGUACACUCGCAGGAUUCGCUUACAUCGCCAAUUCGAGAUUGCAUUUUAUGGAACGCAUUUUCUGGUUGAUUUGUGUGUUCAUGUCGUCCUUGGGCUGCUAUCAACUGAUCAUGGGAUAUCAGCGCAGUUUUCCCACACGAGCUGUGAGCAUUGUAUACGAAAGUCUGCCGCCAUUUUCCAAAUGGAAAUUUCCCGCUGUCAGCGUCUGUGAACUGGCCUACCGUGGAAAUCUGUUUCCCAAAUUCGAGGAAUAUAUAACAAGUUUGGGCGUUGACGUGACGGGGGAUUACCCAUAUGAUGUGGAGACCGGUGUAUCGAUCCUUCUCUUUCCUGCUUUAUACAAUGAGAACGGGCUUAAGGGAAAGUGUGGCACAGUACACAAGAAUUGCACGGAUGCGUGUGCAAAGUGUCCUUCUGAUAACUAUCGGCAAAUACUAACCUGGUAUGGAGCAAACUGCUCGGAUCUGUUCGUGGAGUGCAAACUAUCCCAUGAACCCUUCGAUUGCUGCCGGCAUUUUCUGCCCCUUUUAACGCCAUUUGGCCGCUGUUAUAUGCUCAAUUCGCUGCUAAACAAUGAACCUGGCUCGAAACACUGGCUGCCCAACGAGUUGGAUCCUGCCCAUCAGAAGGCAGUGAUAAAUGUGAUCACCCGCUUGGAUGUGCAAAUAAGCGUGAUAAAUGCGGAAGAUAUUCCACACACGGCCUUCUUUCCUCCCGGAAUUCCUCUAAUUACCGAGGGCUUGAGCAAAUAUAUGCAAUUUAACCAGGUCGCCAUGAAGAACGAUCCGGAUGUUAAAGAUAUAGAUCCGAAGAUCCGAAGCUGUUUUUUCCCAGAGGAGAUACCAGCUGACAGCUUAUACAAGUCCUACAGCUUCAGCGUCUGCAUCACCGAGUGCAUUAGGCGUUUGCAGAUGAAGGCCUGCAACUGCACGUCAUUCCUGUACAAUCCCAAUGCCGAUCCACGGUAUCCGGACUGCGAUCUUGAGGGAUUCUUGUGUCUGGAGAAGACUCGUAUGAUCAAGCCAGAUUCCAGGGUGCUGGUGAACAACAACAAGGGCAACAAUGCAAGUUGCGGCUGCCUGCCGUCCUGCAAUGAUGGCGACAUUACUACCAUCUACGAGCCACUCUUAUUUGUUCGGAAUCCAAACAAGUACUACAACGGAACUCUGGACAUGCCCUUCCUGCCGACGGAUCAGUAUCGCCGGCAGUCCCUUCGCACGCCUCUGGAUGUCGUGGUCUCCAUGGGCGGCAUGCUGGGUCUUUUCCUGGGGGCCAGCAUCCUCAGUGCCAUCGAGUUUGUCUACUAUUUCACAGUGCGACCCCUAAGCAACAUGCUGGGGGCUCGCGCCGCUCGUCCGUAA